AGAGAUAUCCAAUGUCAGAAAACACUUCCGUGCAUGGCUUCUCCAUCACCAAAAACUGUUCGAGUAGAUCGACUGCCGUUGCCGGUCACUAUAAGCUUCAUUCGUGCUAAAGCUAAGGAAGGCGAGACGGUUCGGAUUGGAAACAAGGAAUUUCCAUUGGUAAUAUGUGUUGGACGCGUGCUGUCAUGCCGUCCCGUACGAACACUCAAUUCGUUGCAAUAUGUCGUUUGCGAUUCUCCAGAAGGCAGUGUGACAAUGAAUCAAGUCUCAGUGCUAUAUCGUAAUGAGUCAAGUCCUACAAGAGAUUCCGAUCGGCUGCCACCAGGAACAUCUGUGUUUAUCUCUGGGAAACUCAUUCGAUUCAAAGGUGCGGUGGCAGUUCAGGCAUCUUGCUUGAGAAAGUUAAUCUGCCCCGAAGAGUACGACUGUAUAAAGAUGGAAGCAUUUCUUGCAGUGCAGUACCAUAUGAAGAACCCUGCAAUCCUGAAUCCCAUGCGACGAUCUGUGGGUACUCCCCUUCCGGCAAGUCGCUCGCCACUCACAACCCCAUCUCCUAUCGGUAUUACCCGUACAACUCCCUUAUCAGCUCCCGCUAAACGUUUGAGUUGUUCUACUCCUUCCAAUCCGACUCCGAAAAGACCAAAUGUCGCGAACGCUUCCCUAGCUCGUAGACCCAUGAACCCUAGCACAUCGGUUGUGAAAAGUUCAGGCGUUGCGAAGAUAGAAGUUGGAAAUCAGAAAACAUCAUCAAAGGAAGCUGGUAGUCAAGAUUCAUUCGAAGAUGGUGUGUUCUUUGAUAGUUGAAGCAUUUAUUUUUAUCGUUUUGUGUUACUCAGAUUUUUUAUAAGUUUACAUAUGAC